AGUUGGUGAAGGCUCAACAUGUACAACUAGGAAAACAUUAUGCGUUUUUCCCGCCAAAAGUAAAUAUUUAUGACCAAAAAUAUUUGAUUCGGCUAACCAGAGCGUUCAACAAUGGCACCCAAGGUCGACUCUACCGAGGCGAUUGUCCUGAAUUUUGUGAAUGAGCAAAAUAGGCCCUUAAAUUCCCAAAAUGCUGCAGAUGCCUUGCAAAAGUAUGGUCUCAAGAAGACAGCAGUGCAAAAAGCAUUAGACACCUUGGCAGAAAGUGCACAGAUUUCUUUCAAAGAAUAUGGUAAGCAGAAAAUCUACAUUGCCAGGCAAGACCAAUUCAGUAUUCCCGACACUAAUGAACUGGACCAGAUGAAGAGAGAAAAUGGAGAACUCCAAAAGCUGUUGGAAGCUGAAAAGAAUGCAAUAAAUGAGGUUGAAUCAGAAAUUCGGGCUUUGGAAUCAAACCUAACCUUGGAGCAGAUCAGAGAAAAGGAAAUAGAACUAAGGGAUGAGGUGUGCGCGAUGGAGUCAAAAUUGAGUAUAUUGCGGGAGGGAACUGUAUUGGUCAAACCAGAGGAGCGCAAGAAAGUCCAAGAUACGUACAAUGAAAAAAUCAACCAGUGGAGAAGGCGGCAAAGAGCUUUCAAGGAGCUUUGGGGUACCAUCACAGAGAAUAUGCCAAAAGAUUUGAAGGAAUUCAAGGAAGAGCUUGGGAUUGAAACUGAUGAGGAUGUUGGAGUAAGUUUUAAGGCUUACAGUGAGUAUACUAGCAAUAAAAGUUCUAGAAGGAUUUAGAGCACAGUUGUCUAUGUGCACCUUCAACUUCGCAAGAAUCUUAGUUAUACGAUGUUAGAAUAAAGUAAUUGGAUCCGAGAAUAAAAGCGGGGAGCAUGUAUAGAAUCUAAGUUUUUUAUGCAGUGUCCAUAGUUGUUUAUAUCAAUACCACAGCGUUCUAACAUGACAAUCAAGUGUCAAAAAAAUGAUUUUUUUACUUUGCAUUUCUGAGGCUAAAGAAGUCGGUGUUAGUAAACACCCAUUUUUAAGAUUCAGAACUUUUGAAUCUUAAAAUAUUGUCCUAGUAGUGCGUACUUGUUGGUUUUAAUGCCAUAAUGCUUCUCACACUUGCAAAUUGUUUUUGGAUACUGAGUCAUGGAAAGCUGGGAAUGUAACCAUGUAAGAUUUUGGAUCUGCCGGUUCAUUAAUUUGUUUGACAUAAAGAGAGAUAAUUUUGUUGAAGCAUAGUUAGAGCUUGGAGACGUGAAUACCAGAAAAAGGAAGCAUUUACAUGCAGAAUAUAAUUGAAAUAAAUACACUAUAGAAUAUAUAUUUUAGGCCAUUCAGUUGCAGAUGAACAUUACUUAGACAAGAUCAUGCAAGGUUGACAUAGUUAUGGUUGAGCUCAAUAUCUACUGGAUAGCUCACUACUUAAGGUGGAAAAUGUUCUAAACAAUGAUCUCUUUGUUCUCUUUGUUGGAGAAUUAAUGUUUACCUUUUGUAAUAAAAUCAUCUUAAUGAUUUACUGUUA